AUGGAGAAGAAGAGUUUUACAGUGGAAUGGCUAUCUGAGAGCAGUCAGAAAACUAAUGUACCUUCCAAUGUCAACCUGUGCAACUAUAUGUAUGGACAUCCCACAAUGGCUCUUGGUACUGACUACAGAAACUUGUCUUCAUCAGCUAAGGAGUUCAGGAAUACAAACUACAGCGAGAAAGAGAAUUAUGUAGCUACAAGCCUGGUAAAAGAAAAUAGAGUGUCAGCUUUUCCAACCCAAAGGAAUAUCCAGCCAAAUAUAGAAGGUACCUGCAUACCUCGUAAAGGUGUGAAUGAAGUGUUUGGCCCCAGACAAAAUCAAGUGCAGCAAGAAGAAUGCAACUCUGACAGUGACAGCUUGAAGAGUCCAGGAUCUGUUUUUGAGGAAGAGGAAGAGCAAGGAGCUAGGGCCCGUACAAAAUUUACAGUGGAGCAACUGAAUGAGCUGGAGAAGAGUUUCAAAGAGCACAGGUAUAUUGGCUCCAGUGAGAAGAAGCGGCUGUCCAAGGUGCUGAAACUCUCCGAGAUACAGAUUAAAACUUGGUUUCAAAACCGAAGAAUGAAGUUUAAGCGACAGAGUCAAGAUGCCAAAGUAGAAGCUUUCUUUUCAAGGCUAUAUGUUCCAUACUAUGGGUACACAGAUUUUCAGGGCCAGCAUAGCUCUAUGAGACCUGAGUGUGCCAUUCCAGUCCCUCCAUAUGUGCCAGCCUUACCCUCUUACUCUGUUCAACCUGCUAUGGUUGGGCCUGCACAAUAUCCACAAUCCAUUGCUGUGUCCAGCCUGGCAUCUUAUCCCUCCUCUUCCAUGCUUCUUCAUCCCAUGCGUAAUGAAUCCACUGGGCAGAGAUUCCGUCCAUACUAA